AUGAGUCGCAACGCAUCAUCAAAAGCAGAGGUCAUUCAAGAAUGGGCCGACUUUGAUGCAAAUGGCGCCACAUUUGAGCGUGGACGCAUGGAAGCCAAUAUCCAAUCCCUCUGUUUCCACGAGCCUGCGGGCGUAUCAGAUGAAAUGAAAGACAGGCACAAAGGUGUCAAGGUCAAAGGUAGCGACGUCACAAGCUUGACAUCCGAGCUGCUCGUAGAGCCUGAAGUCGCAGAGGCUGCGUUAGUGAAAGCAGGCGGCGACCUGGAUGAGGCGUUCCAUUUGCUUCUCCAGCACACGUCUGUUCCCUAG